AUGUGACUUCUUCUUAAGCUCACUUUUUGUUAUGAGCUUGGGCAAGAAAGCACUGAGGUCUCGGUUUGCUGACUGGUAACAGAUCUUUGUUUCCACCGACGAGGACAGACGUAAGGUGUCUUUGCCCUUCUUCCAGGCGUGCUUUUGUUUUCCUCUUUUUUCAGGGUCACAAUGACGUCAGCUUCCACGGGUCUGACCAGAUCCCGACGCCCAACAUUGACUUCCUGGCGUAUAACGGUGUGAUUCUGAACAACUACUACGUCAGUCCCAUCUGUACACCCACACGGAGCGCUCUACUUACUGGCAGACAUCCUAUACAGUAUGCAACAUGGCGUCAUAUUGGGAGCUGAGCCAUACGGACUUCCUCUGAGAGAGACGCUACUGCCUCAGUAUCUGAACACACUCGGAUAUCGCUCAAGAAUUGUUGGGAAGUGGCACCUGGGUAUGUUCCAGUGGGAGUACACGCCACUGUACCGAGGGUUCGAGUCCCACCUCGGAUACUACCAGGGCUGUGAGGACUACUAUGACCACACUUCUGAGUUUCAUCUGCCAUGGUGUCUGCCCUAGACGAUGCGGUGGGCGCCGUCUACGAUGCUCUCAAGACCUCCGGAAUGCUCCAGAACUCUGUCAUAGUGUUCACCACCGACAACGGGGGGCCCGCUAACGGCUUUGACAAAAACGCUGCCAGCAACUUCCCCCUCAGAGGUGUGAAGGCCACACUGUGGGAGGGCGGGGUGCGGGGUGUGGGUCUCCUGCACAGCCCACUCCUGCACACUCAGGGCUAUGUCUCCGAGCAGAUGCUCCACGUCUGUGAUUGGCUACCCACACUGUACGCGGCGGCCGGGGGAGACCCCUCCACCCUACACAACCUGGACGGUUUCAACGCCUGGGACAUGCUGAGUCGAAAUUCCAGCGGGGUUCGAACCGAGAUGCUUCACAAUAUCGACCCUAUCGGAGACUUUGCCGGUGUGCGUGUCGGUGACUACAAGCUUUUGAUCGGUGACGUUGGCGUGAAUUGGGGCGGAUGGUACCCUCCUUAUCAGCUCGCUGGUGAUGAGAUCACGCUCAACUAUUUGAACUUCACAGACGAUCUCACGGAACGCGUCACACAAGAUAGUCGCAGACGAGAGCUGGAGCAGAAAUAUCGCGAGUAUUGGGGGCCGGAGAUUUUGGCGAGACUUGAAGAUUUGCACUCGUCUGGGAGGAAGAAAGGUGCAGAGCUGGUGUUCCACUCGCAGAUAUCUUUGGGCCAGGUGUUCAGCGCGAGCAAGGACUGGGUCCGGGGCACGCCCGUGCGCAUCGAGUGUGGUGUGAAACCGGCAAACGCCAGCACCAACUGUGACCCCCGCAAGUCGCCAUGUUUGUUCCACAUCCCGACUGACCCGUGCGAGUACAACAACAUUGCUGAGAGCCACACUGAAGUGGUGA